AUGCAGUUUUCGUUACUUAUCUGUAAUGUAACAUUAGAUAUUCAAGAUAAUGAAAUAUUAAAUGAUUUACAAAAUGAUUUUCCAGACAUUAUCAAUCUCCGUCGUUCCACUGAUAAAAAUAAUCCACCAACAACAAUGGCUCCAUUAGAAGUUAAAAGCAUCAAAACUAUGGGUGACCUACUCAAACGAAAACACGUUAUUAUUAAUAGCACACGACAGGCGGUGAGCGAAUAUUUUGCUCCAGCAAAAGUUCUGGUUUAUUCAAAAUGUUUUGAAUUCGAACAUUUUCGGAGUACUUGUAAAUAUGAAAAGGAUAAAUGCAGGAUAUGGGGACUGGAAGUGGAUGAUAUUAAAAAACAUAGAGAAGAAGGUUGUGAUAAACAGCCACAUUGCAUUAGAUGUAAUAAUAAUCAUGAUUUAAGCGCUUAG